AUGAACGCGGUCAUCAAGCUCUCAGCCCUCGGUCAAGCCGCCUUCGUGCGUGACCGCCCCGUCCCCCAGCCACGUCCGGGCUACAUCCUGGUCAAGACAAAGGCUGUAGCCCUCAAUCCGAUCGACUGGAUGCAGAUCGAUACCUUCCCGGCCCCCAACGCCCUUCUGGGACGAGAUUACUCCGGCGUGAUCGAAGCGGUCGGCGCUGGUGUGACCUCGACUAAGUUUCGCAAGGGCGACCGCGUGUGUGGAUACGUCCUCGGGGGAGACCAUCUGAGCCCGGAAAAUGGGGCGUUUGCGGAGUACGUGCUGGCCAAGGCGGAGGUGGGCCAGUUCCAUAUCCCGGCGUCGAUGGGUUUCGAAGAGGCGGCGACGCUGGGAUCGGCGGUGAUUACAGGGAUGUGUGGGCUGUACCUCAAGCUCGGUUUGCAAGAGGGGGCGGGUGCGGGCAAUGGAGAAUUCAUUCUGAUAUAUGGUGGUAGUACGGCCAGUGCGGCCAUGGGUAUCCAGAUGGCUGUGCGAUCGGGCUACACGGUCAUAACAACAUGCUCUCCACACAACAAGUCCUUUGUUGAAUCCCUUGGCGCUCAUCACAUCUUCGACUACAGAAGCCCCGAUUGCGCCGCCUCCAUCCGCGAACUCACAGCAGAUAAGCUCAAGUACUUGUGGGAUACCAUCGCUACACUGUCCACAGCUGCCUUCUGUGCCGGCGUUAUGAGCAGUGAAGGUGGGCACUACGUGUCCCUCUUACCGUCGACUUCCCUCGCACCGGCGAAGUUCAUGGACGCCACGCAGUGCUUGGGCGAGUACUUCGAGUACGGCCCUGCACGUCUUCCAGUCCCUGUCGAUCCCGCCGCAUUCAUGUUCAUGAAGGCUAGAGGGGAGUCUGUAGAGCAGAUGCUGGAGGCGAGAGAACUCAGGCCGCAUGUCGUCGAGGUAGGGGAAGGCGGACUGGCUGGCGUCUUGGAUGGCGUGGACCAUUUGAGGAAGCGGGUGGUGAGCGCUCGGAAGCUUGUCUAUCGUAUUGAGGACACCCCAGUAGCGAAAGCGUCCAGGGCCGGAUAG